AUGCAACAAAAUGAGGACGUAUUCGACUUGUUGGAGAAGAAGUACAAUGAUCAACAUCAUAAGGUUAUGAAAAUGAACGAGUCACUGCGUGAGUAUGAACGGAAACUGGAUCAGGUUGACAUGGAGAAAGGAGAACUAGAGAGAAAGAUCUCAAAAAGAUCUGAAGCGGAACUCGACGAGGAGAAAUUUCGCACUCAACGACAAAUGGACACCGUGGCGGACCUUCUGAGAACGGACUAUCACUCAAUGUGA